GUUAAUAUUUGCUUCGUCUCUAGUCUUUGGAGUAUUUAUUACUUCAGCUUGAAGCUUCUCCCUCCGCUUCGCUCUUUCUCUCUCCUCAAGUUGAGUUGUCUGCGGUUAAGAUGCGUCGUUGAAGGAAUCGAGUUCAUCUUCUUCAGCCACUCGGAUCUCUUUCGCUCAGCUUCGAGUAAGGGGUGCUCCAAAGAGAUGGAUCGCAUAGAUCACUUGUUUAAUCACUAUGCCAAUAGAUCAUCUUCCCAUUUUAUUGAUCCUGAAGGAAUUGAGGAACUUUGCUCCAAUCUAGAAGUAUCUCAUACUGAUAUCAGGAUCUUGAUGCUAGCUUGGAAAAUGAAGGCUGAGAAACAGGGUUACUUCACACGGGAGGAAUGGAGAAGAGCACUCAAGGCCUUGAGGGCUGACACUAUCAGUAAAUUGAAGAAAGCCCUUCCAGAACUCGAGAAAGAGGUCAGAAGGCCGUCAAAUUUUUCAGAUUUCUAUGUUUAUGCCUUCAGGUAUUGUUUAACAGAGGAAAAACAAAAGAGCAUAGACAUUGAGACGAUUUGUCAACUCUUAGAUAUCGUCUUAGGGUCAACAUUCCGUGCCCAGGUUGACUACUUUGUCGACUAUCUAAAGAUCCAAAAUGAUUACAAAGUCAUUAACAUGGACCAGUGGUUGGGAUUUUAUCGGUUCUGCAAUGAGAUAAGUUUCCCAGACAUGUCCAACUACAAUCCAGAACUUGCGUGGCCAUUGAUUCUCGACAAUUUCUUUGAGUGGAUGCGCGAAAAAGAAGCCUGAAAGUUUCUAUAUUUGUCAACUUGUUCAAGUCUCAGCUUCAAAGCUUUCAUUGUUGUAACGAACACAAUCGGAAUGCUAGUGCCAUUUUCAAGCUGAACUGAUUGAUGAUGUCAAGUACAUUUGUAAUUUAGCUUUAUAAUCUACUUCAAAUUUGAAUUAUUAUUGUUACCACUUACAAGCCAUGAUUACAGAAGAAUGCUUGUGAUAUAUAUAUAUGAAUCCAUAUUUAUAAAUAGUCUGCUCUUAUCUUAAGCUUUGGUGUUGUAAUUGAUUUGGCUCAUGUUCUAAUAAAGCCACCUCUGUCUCUCUGCUUUUCUUUCAUCAUUAACUUUUUGGUUUGUAAAUGAUAUUUUAAAUUUCUGAAACAAUAAUAUUGCCGAAAGUGGGGAUAGCAA